AUGUUGGCCAAAAAGUUUAUUUUUGUUCCCAUCAGAGCAAAGAACAUUGUUCUAUGGUUGCACGUUCCCAUGCCGCCGCUGUGUUUCGCUUUCAGUACUGUAGGUAAAAAUGCUCCAUUUUGGUCUCAUCUAACCAAAUCUUUCACGUUUGUCUUUUUUCCCCUACAAGGCAGAUGCUCCUUGAAUGUUGUCGUCUCUCACAGUAGACGAGGUACAGUUGUUGAACAGGUGACGUUGCUCCAUGCGUCGGUGGGAAAAUAACUUGUUUGCAUGCAACAACAAAGAACAUGUGAGGUGUAGUUUCCAUAACCACGCCCUGCCAAACAAACUCUGAUAAAGGAGGUGCUGCCUGGUCAGUCUUCAUGCCUACGAGCUGCCGUGCACAGCCUCAUGGAGCCAACAGUGGACAUAGUUUCAAGGCAACAGUGGGGAGCAGCCGCCCCGAAACAGAAGGAGAGUCUGAAAGGUCCGGCCCGCAGGGUUGUGAUACACCACACUGCCCUCCAGAGCUGCAGAGGCCUGACUGAGUGUAAGGACGAGCUUCUGGGCAUCCAGAGGCUUCACAUGGAAGACAGACACUUUGAUGACAUCGGGUACAAUUUUCUCAUUGGAGGAGACGGCAGCGUGUUUGAGGGCCGAGGCUGGGGCGUGAUGGGGGCACACACCAAAGGCCACAACGGUGACUCCCUGGGCAUUGCCUUCAUGGGCAAUUUCAACAACGACACACCGAGCAAAGAGGCGAUGCUGUCAGUCAAACAGCUGCUGAGGUCUGGAGUUUCCCAAGGCUUCAUAAGGUCAGAGUUUGGACUGUAUGGCCACAGGGACUUAGGAGCCACAGAAUGCCCUGGAGAAAAUCUUUACGCUGCACUAUCUCAACUGAAGAGCUGACCUUAAAGACAACUCCUGAGGAAAAGACAGGAAGGGGAUCGCUAAAGCUUGAACUUCUUAUAAGCCUUCACCAGCUCUUUCCUAAGCCCACAUACUGGACUUUAUAUCAUCAAGGUAGAACUUUGUUGCUGUGAAAACAACUCUGGCCUGUUCAGACCAAGGACUCCGAUUGAUCCCUGACACUAAAUGUUUAGGUCCUGUAAGUUUAGCAAGGUGGGGGCUCUAUAGUAUAGGCAUUUCUAUCCAGAACCCCCUGCAGGUGCUUGGUUAUACGUGAGAUUUAAAAAUGCCUAGUCAUUCCCCUAGGCUACUGUUUGUGCUCGUCAAGCAUUUCCUGAAUAACUUGUUUCGUGGCAGAGUGCGUGAUGAUGCAUUAAGAGGGCACAGCCAGCAGGGAAGACCAGUUGGUGGCAAAGUUACAUCCAUCCAUGUGGAUGGCAGGACCCGAGGUUUACCAGGAGAACGUUGCCCGGAGCGUCACUCUACCUCCGCUGACUUGCCUUCUUCCAGCAUCUGGGUACCAUUUGUUCCCUAUGCGUAGGCGAAGAACAUCCACCCGGACAUCUGCAUGGUAUAAAACAAAGCGUGACACAUCAGACCAGGAUACCGUCUUUCAUCGCUAUGUGGUCCAGUUCUGAUACUUUAACCUCUUCAGAAAUUUGCUUUUUGUUGUUGUUGGGUUGAAUCAGUCUUUGCGUCUCAAUUGCUUCAAUGAGCCUGCUGCCUUUUUGCCACUAUUCCCUACUGAAAGACGCUGACCUCGGCGGCCCGACAGUUAUUGGAGAGGCUCUGAUAUCACAUCUUAGCUCUUGUCAAAGCCAGUCAAUCCUUAAGCUUGGCAGUUUUUCCUGCAUCUGACACAUAAACUCUGAGGACAAAACGUCCACUUGCUGCUUACGUCCCACCUACUAACAAGUGUCAUGAUGGAGAUAAUUUAAGCUGUUCCCUUUGCCUGUCAGUCGUCACAAUGUUUGUUUGUUUUUCAAAAUUAUUUGAUUGAGCUUUUAUACCAAUGAUACAAAACAUAGAAAGACAAUAUGU